UUCCUUUUUAGAGACGCAUUAUUACUCUUAGCCCUCUAGCGUUUGAGGGAUAAGAUUUGUAGUUACCAAGAAUUCUUCCAAGUUCCAAGAUUUGAGAUUUGCAGUGUGACUUAAGUGCUGCUAACUUUAAUACGGAGGUGUAAAGAUCUGUUUUAAAGUUUCUAGGUUAAUGGCUGGAUCAUGUUUGUGUGUAAACGUGUCUCCAUGGGAUGCCAGAAACGACUUCCCUAAACACUUUGGUUUUGAAGCAGUAGAUAUUAAACAUUCCAGCUGCAGAGUCGUUUCCUGUCAACAAGCGACUGCCAGUCCAUGCACUCAGACCAGGAUCCUCCUCCUUUCCUUACUUCGCAGUCAUUCUCCCUCUUUCCGUUCAUCUGUUGGCCGUCCCCCUCCUUCCAUGUCACUACUUCUGUCCCCCUUGCGCAACCACACAGCUAAGAUUUCACUACCGGAGACAUAUCAAAUGUGUUGGUUUGCUUGGUAAUCUGUAGAUGUAGGUCAAGUGCUGAGUCUGGCUCCGCCUCCUCUCCAUAUGAUAUGACAUCACUCUGCGGUUACCACAGAAACCAGGGCUCCACUGCAGACGGUUGAUAGCCAAGCAGGUGGUGCGAUGGCUGCCCAGGUUGAGGUUGAUGCUGGGCGGCCAUGUGUGGUUGGGAGUCGUCUGCACCUUAGCCCUCUCAUAGACUCUAGCAACAAGAGCUUGGUGGAAAGUUCAGGUGGCACCCAGGGGCCACUUAUUAUUCCCUCGGAGCCUAACAAACCUGUCCCAGGCCCCAAGCCCAGACUCACCCCAAAACCUUUCACUGUGGAGAAAAAUCCUGCUAUACGCUCCAUUUUUGCUCCCAAACCACAGCCAAAACCAAAACCUGAACCCAGUCGACCAGUUUCCUCCAAACCAGUCCUGCCCAGUGCACCUAAACCACAGCCAGCCAGUAAACCCAGUCUACCACCUGACUUUAAAACAGGAUCGAAGCCCAGCGGACAAACAAACAAACCUGUGGCACAACCCUUUAAACCAGCACCUACCAUCGCCUCUACUGAUUCCAACAAAUUUAGAACAACACAAACUGGGGACGUGCCGAGAAGAACAAGCUUUGGAGCCACACCAGCUCGACCCAAAACUGUUGUUCAGGCCUCCACUCCUGGUGCUGAAUGGCCUUUUGCUCCUCGGAAAAAACAACCCGGCUCUUCAAUCACUCGUGCUAAAUCAAUGGGUUUCCUAUCAGAGAUCGGACUGAAUAAUGAGGACAGUAAGGAGGAUUCUGAUGCCAAGGCUGAGAGUUCUCCAACUGUUCUUCGCCCCCAAUCUAAAGGUUCAAGACCCAGACCGGUUUCAGCUGUGUUCCUCCAAAACCCCACUAAGUCUGAGUCUCAGGUUGUGUCCCCUACACCUGCUCCUCGUUGGACAAAGGGACGACCCCUUUCAUCUGACCUUACCUCAAAGUUUGAGUCAAUUGGGCUGUCCCUAAACCGGCGGCCUGCCAAGGAGGCUAGCAAAGAAAACACUUCUCAAAUGCCAGAGAGUGCUGUAGCUGAGACUCAAGAGAAAGAACAGGGUGCUGAAAAGGCAGAAGGGCCAAAUAAGUCCCCUGUGGUUGAGAAAAGGACUCAAAAGAUUGAAUCGAAAGAUGAGGACUCCAAGAAAGACUCUAAACCUGAGGAUACAGGAGGUAGCAGUAUAAAGAGACGCAUCAGCCUGCUCUUGGACUCUUCUUCCUCCUCCUCCUCAGUGGCACGUGUGGAUACUCCAGGGACUGAGCCUCACUCACCGGGGCUGUCUGUCUCUGAUACUGAUGGAGCAGUGUGGGUGAAACAGCGAAUCAAAGAACUGACCGAAGAAGUGCCUACUACGCUGUCACCACCCCAGAAGCCACAAUGUAAGCCACGUACCCUAGUAUCUGACCGCACUAAAAGAUUUGAGGCAGAGCUUGAAAGCCAUAGUUCCUAUGAGCUCAAAAGCCCCCAGCAGGCUGAAGAAGAUCUCAGCAAAAAGUUUGAUUACUCCACAAUUGAAGGGAAGUUCACCAAACAGGAGGAGAGGAAAGCAUCAUCACUGGGUGUUCAAGACUUGCCUACCAAUUUUGAUAGUUUUGAUAGUGGUGGAGUGCAAACAGUACGAGCGUCUAUGUUUGACCAUGUGGUGGAGAGGCAUAAUGUUCAAAUAAUGGAAGAUAACAUUUCACAAGACCCAAGAGCACAGCAGGAAAGCACAAUUAAACCCAUGCCAAGACGAAACCACUCUUUGCGUAUUCAAGAUAACACCUUUAAAGCUCUUGAAGAUGAUGAUUCUUGUAGUUUGGUCAAAGCAACCUAUAGAGAACAAGUUUCUCCUUCCAGUCCUGUACGUGUGGAGCAUGUCUUUGACACUGUGGCUGUGUUUGGAGAGAGCCAUGCUGUAAGUGAGGUUUUGCCAACAGCUUCGCUUGAAGACAGAGCUCUCACACUGCGUUCUCGGCGAUCAGUUCCUCCAGGUAAAGAGGACAGACCUACUCAUGAGAUAAGUAACCUGCUAAAGGAUGAAGCAGCCACUCCACGUUACCUCAGAGUAGGGGCAUUACACAAAUGGACUGCCACAGAGGCAGACAGAGGGAUUGAAUCUCAGAGGGAGCAACAGAGAGAGAUGUUAAGAAAGAUGGAAGAAGAGAUACAGAGGCAGACAGAAUUGCACAUGGCUGCAGCUGCAGCAUUGGAGGAAGAGGAGGAAGACAGCGAAGCAGAAAGGAAGAAACAGUUAGAAGCACAAAGAGACAGAGAGAGGGAACGAGAAGAAGUUGCAGCACCCAAACGGCCUAAGAUGUUAGAAGCCGAAGAACAAAUGAACAAACCUAGAGCCACUUACUUUGCUCUGACUGGACAGAUUCAAGAGCCUGUGCAUCAAGGUGAGAGAGUGGAUGAGGAAGCAAUCUUAGGGAGAGUUAAACAAAAUAUGGUGGGUGGAGAGGACAGAGGGAUGAAGGAGGUUCCUUUUGAUGAUUUCACUGUUAGAUUAGGACAGUGGGGUCCUCAGAAUCCAGUUGCUCCAUUUAGAAGAAAUCCUUCAUUGGAAGCUGCAAUGCAUAGAGAUUUGCAAGAGGAGCAGCAUAAAAAUGACACUGGACUAAGAACAGAUAACAGAUUACAAGAAAGGGAACGGCAAAAAGCAGUCAGGGAGGAGAUGGAAAUAGAGAGACAAAGACAAGCAGAGUUUGAAAAGAUGAUGAAACAGAGAGAUUUGGAGAUAGAGAAACAAAAAAUUGAAAGGGAGAAAAGGAGAGAAGCUGAGAAACAGAAACAAAAAGAGAGACAAAAAGAGUUGGAAAGACAGAGGGAGUUGGAGAGACAAUGGGAAAUCGAACGUCAGAAACGAGAAAAAGAGCGACAGAAACAAAUUGAAUAUGAGCGAAUGAAAGCUGCAGAAAAAGAACUAGAUCAGCAGAGAGAAUUUGAGAGACAACGACAAAAAGAGUUUGAGCGAGAGAAAGAGAGAAUGCUCGAACAAGAGAUGCUUAAGAUUAGAGAAUUUGAAAAACAGAAGGAGAUGCUGGAGUUGGAGAGACAAAGGGAAAUUGAAAGACAAAAGCAGAGAGAACUUGAAAAACAAAGAGAGAUGGAUAGGCUAAAGGAGUUAGAAAGACAGCGAGAUUUGGAGAGGCAACGAGAGUUGGAGAAACAGAAAGAGCAAGAGAGGGAAAGACAGAGAUGGUUGGAAAGGCAGAAAGAAUUGGACAGGCAAAGGGAACUUGAGAGGCAACGAGAGUUGGAGAGACAACAGGAGAUUGAAAGACAGAGGGAGACUGAAAGGCAGAAAGAACUUGAAAGACAGAAGCAGAGAGAGCUUGAGAUUGAGAAAUGGAAGCGACAGAAAGUAGAGGAGAGGGAGGCCAAGAAAGAGCUGGAAGAACUUGAGAGGAUCAAGGAGCUUGAGAGACGACAGCUUCUUGAUUUUGAGCUGCAGAGACAGCGGGAAAGGCAACUCCAGCAAGAGCAAGUGAAACAGAGAUCAAAAAAAGAGCGAGAAGAGAGACAACAGCACCCUGAACGGCAGAGAGGAGCAGAGCGACAUCGGAUAGAGACAGAGCAAGAGAGGUCUAUACCUACAUCUCCACUUCGGCCUAAAGUUCUUGAUCUGGAUGCAGUGUCCCUUGGUUUUAGGAGUGGUCGAGACAGCCAUGAGAAUAGCCCAACAGCCCGAUGGAAGCAACCCUCACUUCGUCCUGAUGAGCUUUACAAACCUGCCAUCUUAGACAUUGAUUCAUUCAGAAGUCAAACCCAACCUAAUACCUUCCCUUUAACUGGAUUUGCAGGUUUGGAGUCAGGAGGUGUUGGUUCAGUGAUUCAAGCUUGCCCACAGGCCACACAACCAAAUGUUCUCCAAUCCCAAACAGCAUCUCAAGUUCAGUCUCCUCCUCAGUCCCAGUUUCACCCUCAGUCCCAGUCUUUCUUCCAGCCCUCCCCAGCAGAACGUAUGAGAACUCAACUCCCGCCACCCCUGCAACCUCAGAUUCUGCAUCAAUCCCAACCUCAUUCACUGCCUUUUGCUACAGAAAGACCUAGGCCACAAACCCACUCAUUGAUUGAGACCUCAGAUUGGGCCUUUGGUGCUCACCAGCCCAUCUCAGCUUUGCCCCAUGGGCAAACUAAUGCUUGGGAACAUACUCAAGCAGAGUUGGCUGUAGAUGACCCCCAUUGGGUAUCAGCCAUGGAAGGAUCCAGAAGACCAAUUAGCACCAGACCUGGUGGCCUUGAUCAGCAACUAUUGCAUCAUGAGGAUAGAGGUUCAAGUAACAUUUUGACACCCAGUUCAACCUCUUCCAUGAGUCCAGUCUUUAUUCCUGUACAGCAUCCCACUUUUGCACCAUCCAUGGUUCCAAUUCAAACUACUGUGCCGACUGCGCAACCAGGUCUUGGACCCUCUGUAGCCCCUACAAUGACCCCAGAGAGAUGCUGGACCUCAGCACCUUUGAAUGUGGGGUCAAGUGGAGCUUUGGUUUCUUCUCCCACAACACCAUUAUCUAAGAAAGAGACUACAGUACCCACUAGUCACGUUGCAGCGUUCUCUGUCAGCGAUCCUAUGUGGAGUCCAAACUGGGAGCUGGCAUCCCAGGGACAGAGAGAGAACCGUGCCUCGCACAGGGACAAAAUACAACAGAAACGUUCAAGGAGUAUGUGUCGAAGAUCUGCCCCUACGGAAAUCUCUGCUGAUGGCCCGCUUACCCAUGUAAGAACUCGCAGAAGUCGCAGCGCACACAAAGAAAGAAGUGGAGAGAGCUCGGAGCUGGUAAAACAAUGUGUUAGUGGACAGCAGGAGAAUAAAGACACAGACAAUCUGGUGCAGGAGACCGACAGUCAGUACAGCACAUGGGAGACUGGACUUCGCACAGAUGACAGCCUCACUCCAGCUACAACUUCAUCUGACGACAACCUCAGCCCAUCUCCACGGAAGCCCACCCCACCCCACACAGCUGAACAGCCCCUUCUCAUCGACACACCAGAUGGCUUGACAACAUCUCCUCAAAAGCAGACCGAGCUCCCAUUCCCAGAGACCCCCACAACACUGUUAGACUCCAGUGCACUACGUGCCAGGGUCAGUCUGAACAAGAAGAGCACUCGCAGAGCCCCGCCCUCUCGAGUCGCCCGUCACAGCGCCCUCUUAUCACAAGUACCCGAGGGAAUCGGAGCAGAUGAUGAAUGGCGCUACAAGGAUUCAACAGAGGAGAAGACAGACUCUCCUAAGCAGGGUGAAGAUUCAGACUCGGAGGAGCAGGCCAAGGGAAUCGAAUCCCGAACUUCCUCCGUGUCUCAGCCUCAGAGAGUGGCGCUCUUCCCUGGCAUGGACCCAUCUGCUCUAAAGGCUCAGCUAAAGAAGAGAGGCGAGUCAGACAAUCAGACAGACGGCCCAACACCCCCUCAGCUCUCACGUGCACCCAAAUCUCCAUUCUUGCCUCGAGCCUCUCGUGUGCUGCCUCCUGCUGGCGGCAAAGAGAAUGUAGAAGAGGCCUCGCCUCAGUGGCUGAAAGAACUAAAGACUAAAAAACGUUUGAGUCAGUAUGAAAACGACGGUACAGCCUGAACACGCAGGAUGCCUUAUAACUGCAGUAUCUGUAGCUGUAACUCGUGACAGAAGCCUUAACCUUUGACCUGGAGAUGACAGGAAUUCUGCUGCUGCUGCUGCUGCUGCUGACUACGACAUCAUUUUGUUUCAUUGGUUUUUCUGGCCUUCUUCUCCAGUUGUGUACAUGUGCAUGGUGCCUUUCUAAAAGAUUUCUGACUGACAUAAAUGGCGAAGCAGAGAUCUGUGUGUAAAGCGUGUGUCCACGGAUGUGUUGUCGAGUUUCUCUUCAGCUCUUCGUCAUAUGAGAGAGAAUUAUUUUUGCAUAGAGCCACUUUAACCUCUAGUGAGCGAGAGAUCAUCCUUUAUAGUGGAACUGUGGGUCCACGCGCACCUACAAGUAACCAGAAGUGCUUCAUAUAACUGGAGUAUGAUGUUGGUUUAUUUUUACUUUUUUAUGUUUAUAGUAGUACAGCUUCCAUGCUAUUUUUUGUUUGUUUGUUUGUUUGACAUAUUCCCAUUGAUUUUGUUCAGUUGAUGGUUAUAGGCAUCAAUUGCACAUGCAUUUUCAUAGACGAUCACAAUUUAUUUUAAAUCUUUAAUAGUCGACAAAUCAAUGCUGAGCUGUCUGUAUAGAGAGUGUAUUUAGUUAUGACAAAAUGUUAAUCACAGAAUGUUAUAUUUGUAUUAAUAUCGGUUUGAAAGGAAAGUGGUAAAUGUUUAAUGAUCAAAAAUGAGCUAAAAUUCAGUUAAGGACUACGGUUCUGUAUGUGUGUUGAUGUGCGUGCGGAAACCUGUUUGGUUGGGCCACUGAAUUAAUUUGUUUGCACAUGUCUUCACUCCUAAUAACCUUUUUUUUUUUUUUUUUCUUGGAUUUGAGACAUUCAGAGAUGCAAAGGUCUGUAUGCUGCCUCAGUUUGUCUAGCUCCUGUCCUCCAUCGUGUGUGAAUCCAUAGUAUCAUGAUUGAAAAAACUGUGCAUGUACAAUCAGUCAUUCCCUUUAUUUCACUCUAUGUUCUUCUUUUUAUCACAAUACUUUACUUGCUUUAACCGUGGGCCAAAAAUGAUGAAAGGAAAUUGCACAAUCAGCGUGUAAAUCUCUUUUUCUUCACUUAAAAGAUAAUAUUGAAUAAAUACAGAAGGGAAAACUUUUCAUUUGUUACCCUCACUUUAGCCUACACAAAUCUUAAGUUUGUUUCUUUUGUUUACUUGUUUGCUUAAGGGAAAUUUGAAAUGUCAAAGUACUGUAAACAUCGUUCACAUUACAUUGCACACUUCUUGGUAGAGUAUUUUUGAAAAAGACAAAAAAAAUAAAUAAAAAAAACCCCGCUAGGCCGUUGUGCCACUCCCAGAUAACAAGCACUUUUCACCUGUUAAUGAACAGCGGUUCUAAGCAGUAGUCACUUUUGUAACGCAUGAGUCUUCACCCGUGAUGUCAAUGUUGUGAUGCUGGCGGUAUGUGAGUAAUGUGUCCUAUGGUUCUUUUUUUUUUUUUCUAUUAUCAGCUUCUUUUCAUUGUUGUAGUGUGUUUAAGGGUAAUUUGUCCUUUUUAUUUUAAAUUUGACUGUAAAGAUGUUUAUUGCACUGUUGUAAUGCCAGUGUCCAAUACUGUAAAUUCAUAAUAAAAUUUGCUAUAAAUAUA